GUGAAAACACACUGGAUUCAAGAGAAAGAGUCAAAGUGAGAGACAUCUGGGGGGUGGGAAUGAAGUGGUGAAUGAGGCAGAGAAAGUCUGAGGCGUUCUUCACACACCACCGCUCGCCUCGUUCAUUCACAAAACAAACGCAGGAAGGCGUAGAGGAAGCUGGAGGAGAGAGAGAGAGAAAGAGAGAGAGAGUGAUCCGCAUAACAGGAGGCAGUGCAGCAACAGAGCAUGCGAGUCCCCCGAGAAGAAGGUUAACCGCAAACGCAGAGCAGCGAGGCAGAGAUCCUCACAGAUGCCACAGACUCACACACCCUUGAGUGGAAACCAGAGGGCUCCUGGCACAGGGGGUCCCGACAGAUGCGGCGGUCCCUGCGCAGGGCCCUGGGCUCGGCCCUCAGGUGGCUGGGGGUGAAGGUGUGUCGCAGGAGCGCGCUGUUGCUCGUCCUCGUGUGGCUGGCCUCCUGGCUCUUCCUCAACGGCCUGGUGUUCGUGCACAGGAACAUGUUCUCAGACUUCUGCACUGACGACAAGAGCAAAGAGAUCCUGCAGAGGGUGUGUGACGAGUAUCAGCAGGGCGUUCUGAGCGGUGACCUCUGUGAUGACCUCUGCGUGGCCGGCCGCGUGGAAUACAAACGUUGCCUUUAUUACGAGAAUGGCAAGAAGGUCAUGGCCGCCAGCUGGCGCGGGGUGCCUGUCGUCCUCAAGUCCAAGCUGGAGAACUUCUCCUCCUACGAGGCUUUAGCUCUGCUGGAGUACCAGGACGGGGCAGGAGGAACGGGUGGCGAGGAGGAGCUCUCGCCUCUGGAUGUCGUCUUCUACGCCACCCUGGAGAUCAAGAACUCGCUCGGCCUGGAGACGGGAACUAACUUGACGUUGCCCCGCUUGUGGGGUCAGAAGCUGAAGGAGAGCGAGCGCACGUACUCGCGAGCUGAGCUGGCCUCGCUCUGGGCUCUCCUUCAGCAGGAGGAGUACAUCUUCCUCAGGGUCCUGCAGGAUUUGACCCACCACGUGGCCAAGAUCCUGGGCUCCUGUGGACACUUCUAUGCCGUGGAGUUCCUGGCCGCCGGACACGCGUGGGACCAACACAUAUUCUCUCUGGAGGAACUGUCACUGAGCCCCUCGCCGAGCCCCGGGAGCGGACGGGACAAGAUGUUCACCGCCAGAGAUAUGGUUCCCCGAGUGGCUCUGAGCUUUCUGGAGAUGGUGGAGCAUUUCGAGAAUGACUUUUCACACCGCUUACACCUCUGUGAUAUCAAACCGGAGAACUUUGCCAUCAGGAAGGACCUGACGGUGGUGGCAAUAGAUGUGGACAUGGCUUUUUUCGAGCCCAAAAUGAGAGACAUACUUGAGCAGAACUGCACCAGUGACAAUGACUGCAACUUCUUUGACUGCAUUUCCAAGUGUGACAGAUCUAAAAACAGAUGUGGGCCAAAACGCCAAAACAGUAAUCUUCAGGUGAUCUGUGAGAAGAUCUUCAGGCCGUGGUUUUCUCCCACGCUGCUGGGCGCUAAAGCGGGUCUCCCCCUGCAGGUGGCGCUGCAGAGAGCCGUUCAGGAGUGCGCAGAGAUCGGCGAGGGCAGGCGGGCCGUGAGACAGCAGCUUCGGGCUCUACUCGUGGAGCUCGCUCAGGAGGACUCGGGAAACCAGGGGGAAGGCCGGGAACACAAGCUGGGACGCGUCCACACGGCACUUAAUUUCUAAAUAAACUCUAGAAAGAGCAAAUUCAGUCAUGUGCAAUUCUGGAGAACAUCUCAGAUGACUAUAAGACCAACACGCACAAUCACCAGAUUACAACACGUCACUUCCAACCCGAUCUCACGGCAAUUCGUACGUAUUUUACGAGGUGGGCAGUUCGUUUGAACGACCUACCUCUGAAUCCGCCCCUAAACCUACCCAUCACUGGGGUUUAGACAAAUCGGACAAACCGGUACGAGUGAGGUCGUACGAAAUUAGUCACCUUUUACUCACUCGUCCGAAUUGGUCGUGAGAUAGCGUUGUCACUUCUCAGACAUUCCAUGACCCGAGAAACGUCCAUACAACAUGUUUAACUGGUGAACUCAAGCACCGACCAACGCCAUAACACACUGAUCUGACAAAACCACCCGAUGCUGUGUUUGUUGCCGUUGGUCGGCGUCUGCCGGUGCAGUGAGAUCUGGCCAGUAGUCGAGAUUACUUUGUUCAGCUGGUUUCCAAAAGCCAGAUUCAUGUUUGUUUACUCAAAGUGUCUGUUAAAAGGGACACA